AUGGACCCCAACAUCCAAAAGGCCCUCAACGACAAGCUGUACGACAAGCGCAAGGCCGGUGCCUUGGAACUCGAAGCUCAGGUCCGCGAAGCCUUAGCGAACAAGGACCACGACAAGAUCCAGCGCAUUGUCUACCAGCUCUGCCACGAAUAUGCCUACGCCGUGCACCAGCCGCACGCCAGGAACGGCGGUCUCAUCGGCCUCGCGGCCGCGUCGAUAGCCCUGGGCAGUGAAGUUGCGAGAUACCUCGAAGAGAUCGUGCCGCCUGUGCUCGCCUGCUUCUCCGACCAAGAUGCCCGCGUCCGAUACUACGCCUGCGAGAGCAUGUACAACAUUGCCAAGGUCGCCAAAGGAGAGAUUCUGCUGUACUUCAACGAAGUGUUCGACGCCCUCUGCAAGCUUGCCGCCGACUCGGAGGCCUCAGUCAAGAACGGCGCCGAGCUGCUCGACCGCCUGGUCAAGGACAUCGUGUCCGAGUCGGCUGCCUCCUACGUGUCCAUCCUGCACCACCCCGAAGAUGCCGUCGACGACGAUUCCGCCCUGGGCGGCUCUGCAGCCCCCUCCGUUGACAUGCAGCCCGCCUUUUCUCUCCCCAAGUUCAUACCCCUCCUUCAGGAAAGGAUCAACGUCCUGAGCCCUUUCACCCGCACCUUUCUCGUUUCCUGGAUCACCUUGCUCGACUCGAUACCCGAUCUAGAGCUCGUGUCGUACUUGCCGUCCUUUCUCGGCGGCCUUCUCAGAUUCCUCAGCGAUCCGAACCAGGACGUGCACACGGCAACGCAGACUGCCCUGGAGAGGUUCCUCUCGGAAAUCAAGAAGAUUGCUCGCAUCAAGCGCGGUCUCGCCGAGAGCCGGAAGAGCCAAGGCGAAGAGGGCAAGAAGAGCUCUAGGUCCAGUAUGAAGAGCGGAAGGAGCGCCCAGAGUUCACACGACCUCGAGGCCGACAGCGAAACCAACGUCGACGACGCUCCAGAUUCGAUCAGCGACGGCACCGAAUCUACCACCAUGAACGACCGAGCGUCGGGGAUGACGGACGGGGACUGGAUUCCCGGCCAAGACGUGCAAAUCGACUAUCCAAAGAUCUUGGACACACUCGUCACGUACCUCAGCGAUUCUCCAGAGGAGGAGAUCCAGCUCACCUGCCUGCGCUGGAUCGACAGCUUCUUCGAGAUUUGCCCCGAGGACAUUCUUCUGUUCGUCCCGCGCCUGCUCUCUCACGUACUUCCAGCCAUGGCGAACGACAUUGAGCAGGUCCGCUUGGCUGCGAACAGAGUCAAUACGUCGUUGAUGGAGCACAUCAUGUCUCUUCCUGACGAGAACAAAGCCGACAGCGCGAGGGUGACGCAGCUGCAGCUUUCAUCAGGCCCGACGAAGGACAUUUCAGAUCGGCGGGAGUCCAAUUACUCCCUCAAGGGCGGCAGAUCGUCGAUGCGAGAGUCCACGGUGGACCUCAAAGCGGCCGAAGCGAAGCCAAAGCCUGAAGCGGAGGCCCCGACGCCGGUUGAUGGUGACGAUGCCUCGUCAGCACCGCGGCCAGGUGCCGACCUGGACUAUGAAGCAGCAGUCAAUGCCCUCACGCUGCAGUUCCUGAAUGAGCACGAGGCAACUCGCGUAGCCGCUCUGUCUUGGCUCAUAAUGCUUCACCGAAAGGCCCCUCGCAAGAUCCUGGCAAUCAACGAUGCCACCUUCCCGGCGCUCCUCAAAACACUCUCGGACCCGGCCGAGUCGGUCGUGACGCGAGACCUCUUGCUGCUCUCGCAGAUCUCUAAAAACAGCGAUGACUCGUACUUCACCUCCUUCAUGGUCAGCCUCCUGAGCCUAUUUGCCACGGACAGGCGCCUGCUCGAGACCCGCGGAAACCUCAUCAUCCGUCAACUCUGCGUAUCACUCAGCCCCGAGCGGAUAUACCGAACACUCGCCGACUGCUUGGAGAGGGACGAGGACGUCGAGUUCGCGAGCAUCAUGGUUCAAAACCUCAACAACAACCUGAUCACAGCUCCCGAACUCGCAGACCUUCGCAAGAGGCUGCGAAACCUCGAGACGCGUGAAGGCCAGGCAUUUUUCGUCACUCUUUUCCGCUCUUGGUGUCACAACGCCGUGGCCACCUUCUCCCUGUGUCUUUUGGCACAGGCGUAUGAACAAGCCUACCAUCUCCUGCAGAUCUUCGGUGAGCUUGAGAUGACCGUGAACAUGCUCAUCCAAAUCGAUAAGUUGGUUCAGCUGCUCGAGUCGCCCGUCUUCACGUACCUUCGGCUUCAACUUUUGGAGCCUGAGAAGUAUCCUCACUUGUACAAGUGUUUGUACGGGCUUCUCAUGUUGCUGCCGCAGUCGUCGGCCUUUGCGGCGCUGAAGAACCGCCUCAACAGCGUCAGCGCGAUUGGUUACCUACACAUCGCACCCCGAACGACACCCACCACCACCACGGGCUUCGAUCGUCCCAAUCGCCUCAAAUCACGCGAGGGUGAGGGUGGCAUCAAGUGGCAGGAACUCCUCGAAAAGUUCAAGCAAGUACAAGAGCGCGCCCGCCGUGCCCAGCGCAAUGCCAUGCUCGGCAUCGACGGCUCGCCCGACGUUCCGGACGCGGGCAGCUCCUCGGGUGCUCAAGGUGGUGUUGGUUUGGGUGUCGCGGCUCCGGAUAGCAGCAAGGGACGGCUGCAUCCCAGAGCCGCUCUAGGCUUGCAAACGGGCGGUCUGCCGCAGCGACCGGCGUCUGCGCAGAGCAUGACGAGGCCGGCGUUGGGUGGGGACCAGGGACCCACGAAGCCCCCCGUACAAGGUCACCAGAAGAGCAAGAGCAGUUUGAGUCAGCUGGGAAGGUUCACGAGAGGUGUCGGGCAGGCAUCGAAGGGUAAAAAGUAG